AUGCCUCAAUCCGGUUCCAGUCAGAAGUCAACCUCUCCCCAAACUCGCCCUGCCACACCUAUCUCGGAUAAGUAUGUUGGCGGUUUGUGGAUUGAAGGGAAAAGACAGCUAAAUCGCGAACAUGAUUCAUCCGGAAAAGACACUUCGACCCCCCUCGAUGGGCAUGGUCAAGUAUUCGCACCCGACGGCCCGCAGAAAACCCCAGUCGAUUUGGCUUCUUAUAUUCAUAACCUUCAUAUUGGCAAUGAACAGGUCCAAAAUCCUCAUACCAAUGCCAGCACCGAUCGAGGAGACUCGAUUCCUGGACAGAGCAGUGGGCCGUACUCUAACACAUCCACAUGUCCAGUGGGAAUUUGGGACAUUAGCAAGGACGUGCCCGCAAGUUCUGUCCUUGAGAGCUGGAUAGAGGAAGAUCUGCUGAAUUGGGGUGUUGGCGAGGGCAUAGACAUUAAUGAUCGUCUUCCUCCUAUCACCAACUAUGUCUCUGUUGAAGAAGUAGAGGGGACAGCAGCAACAAAGAAACUCCAAUCGGACACUGGACAUGUCAGCUCAGCAACCGUCGAAGUUCCCGGUUCCUUACCACCUCCAUUGAGUGCUGUUGGUGCUCCCACGGUAGCAGAAUCCCACACUCUGCCUCUUGCAGAGACCGAAGAUACUGUAGCAACUGGGAACACUGACAUCGACUCCCCCUGCUCUCACAAGGUUCCUAGCGCCUCUGAACGGCCGGAGUCUUCAUUUGCGCUGCGGGAUGUAUCGGUGAUUCCUUGGACUGACUGUUACCCCGACGAUCCCGAUAAGGCUAGAGAACUUGCAACAAGUACCGGUGUUCCUGGACUCCAAAUCUAUUCUGUGUAUGUUUUUACACAUGCUACUUCAGACACGCAAGUUCUCGAUGAAGUCGAUGCUACUCAAGAUGGUCACAACUUCAGGGUCGAAAUGGAACCCCAACCCAAUGAUUCCGUAAGGGCAUCGAGCGUGACUGACUCGGAGCGUGCUGAUGAGUCUGGUUGGGUAAAAGUGGAAAUAGAGACAGAGAAUCCGGACCAAACGGACAAUGUAUAA